AAAUUAAAUUGUUUUCUUCGCAGCAACCCUUCUCACCAGUGGAGUUUACCGCAAAUAGUUCGUGAAUCCGCGAGCUCCAUCUAACACCUACAGACGAAGAUGCUGGCAUCGUCUAAAACAUGAAAAUACGAUACAUGCCAGAGUGGUAGUUGAGACUAACAUAAGUGAUCGCUUCAAACGUGUCAAAUCAGUUAUAUUUUCAAUUUUCAUUUUUGUAAGUAUUUUCUAAAUGAAUACAUUAGUAGAAAGGACUGCUCUAGUUAUGACUUGAAUACUUUAAUGGCUUUAAAUAUUUGUCUUAACCGUACUAACCUCUGCUACCAAUUAGCAAUAAGGCAAAAUUUGAAGAACUCAAAUUCUAUUUGAACAAAUGAUAAAACAAAUAAACAGACGAUGACAGUUAUUGAGUUAUCAGUGCUUUCAGGAAUAUAGUUUUAAGAUUUAAGAUUCAUAAGAUAUGAUGGGGAUUACUGUAACUUAAUAUGUAGGCAGAUAUGGAGUACUACAUAUGAAUUAUGAAACGACCCCCUUAUUAGCAAAACGCCUCUUGUGUAGACUAAACCAUAUGGUAUACUGGUAUACUCGGAACAAGAAUCGUUCCACAACAUCAUCAGUGCACUAUAUUGCUGUUUACAUCCAGUCAGGAGAGAAGUUUGAUAGCACCUUCGUUAACGCAGAAACAUGACAGUAUGGAUGUCAUCGAACUAACUAUAGUGUGACGCAUGCAGCUUCAUUUUUGUCAUUGCCGCGUGCUAGCAUGUUCGGAUAUGAAUAAUCAGAUAGUUGAAGAAAUAAGCUAAAGCAUUCCAAUUGAAGGCAACACAAGGGAAAUGGUUUUGCGUCAUAUAUCGACGUGUUGGAGAAUACUGGUAGUUUCAGGGAUAUCUCUCGUCCUGCUAACGUGUUUAUUUGUGCUAUCAGUGAUACCAAAUGUAAGAAGAGGACGUUUAAAAUACGUUGCAGAUUAUAGGAGAGUACGGCAUAGAACUGCUUUUGACAUUCCAUCCAACUGGGACCCAGAUUUGAAUGCUACACCAGACAAUAACUACAGUCGAGGAGAGGAAGUAUGGACGGACAAUUUCCGCAGAAAGGACAUUAACUCAACACUUCUCCUUAAUUUAUAUAAAAAUAGUUCCAGGGAAAUCCAAGAGGAAGUUGGCAUUGCUCAAGUUAAGAAGAACGCCAACUUUACCUUUAUGUCUCAUAAAAAAUAUGUGGAUAUAUUAAAACUGCCAAAAAUCGAAUUCCUGCCAGGGUAUAAGAAUCCAUGUUGGGUAGAGGCUUUCAAAAAGGAUCCAUACGUUAAUGCCGCCAAGACCACGAGUCAGAGGAGAUAUUACCAAAGCAUGACAGAAUAUUACAACCAUAGAUAUUUACAAAACAUUCGGUUUCGCUUGCGAUGCCUUCCUUACUACUAUAUUCUUGGCCAACCUAAAUGCGGUACAACAGACCUUUACUUAAAGCUAAAUUUACAUCCGGACUUUGAGAAGGGAAUAGUAAAAGAACCGCAUUGGUGGACGAGGCAAAGAUACGGUCGUAAUGGAUGGACCCAAUCUUUGGCUGAAUAUGUGAAUGUGUUUGAUCGGGCUUCCGUUGAAAUACAACGCAGCUCUAAAAUUGAUAAUACGACGCUACAAAUAGUUAGAAACAAAAUAACAGGUGAUGCUUCUGCCUCAACACUCUGGGACAAUGCUCACUGGGAUAGCUAUCAUGGGAACGCAGGCCGAGAAGACCCUUUUUAUUUAACUCCACAAUUCUUACAUCAUCUUCAGCCAGAUGCAAAGUUUAUCGUUAGUCUUCGUAACCCUACACUUAGGUUGUACUCCGAUUACCUCUUCUUUUCAUCGGCAGAAAAAUCAGCUAAGGAUUUCCACGCGAAAGUCGUGAAGGCCAUUGAUGCGUUCAAAACAUGCACUAAACACUUCCCAGAAAGAGCAUGUGUCUACAAUAGCACAUUUGCGACAUAUGAUGAUGGUGGUGAAAUGACCUAUUAUACAGAAUCAGUAAGUGGACGAGUUCGUUUAAGAAUUGGAUUGUACGUGGUCUUUAUUAGAGACUGGUUAGCUGUUUUCAAGAAGAAACAGUUCAUGAUUAUUAAGCUGGAGGAAAGGUCGGAGAAUGAUAAGGGGGUGAUCGAAAAGAUAUUAGAUUUUCUCGAGAUGCGCCAAUUGACUCCACUCGAGGAACAGGUCCUUGCAGUACAAGCACACGCCAACACAAGACGGAAGGAAGAUGUCGAGAUGGGCCCGAUGUUCGAAUCCACUGCAAAAUUAUUAGACGAUUUCUACAAACCAUACAAUGACCAACUUAUUGAAUUACUAGAUGAUGCUCGUUUUAAUUGGACUACACAUAUUUGAAAACCUAAUUUUGUCUAAAUGUCCAAGAGAAAGAACGGCUUGUUUACAAACUAGAGUUCUAAAACAAAAGGACCAAAAUAACACUAUAUAAUAUUAGUGUACAUCAGCUAUUACAUUACGUUAAUGUAAUCAUUACAUUAUAUUAAUGUACAUCAUUUAUUUUUAUAUGUACUUGAUAUACCAUGCGUUGAAGCAUGAAAAAAUAAAACUGCUGAUUAGUCCAGCUGCAAUAUAA